AUGAAUUAGAUUGAAUAAAGAGUCAAUGAGUAUCUCGAUAAAUUGGAACUCUAAAUUACUGACCCUGCACAGAAACAAUAAAACUAUUUUGAAAAUGUCAGACAUCAUAUCAAAUCUUAUGACCAUAGAUGUUCUAAUGAAUCAGAAGCCAUGUCCCCUUUUUCUCUAAGAGAAAUAUGUACUUCAACUCAAUAAAUGAGAACAUGCUACUCUAAAUCUGAUGAGUAGUUAUAGCUGAAUCCUUAUCAUCGAAAUAACUUGCAUAUAAUUAUUCAUUGCAAGAAGUAGAUGGCUCAAUCAUGA